CCCCAAGCGCACAUGACUCCUCACGUGAUCCUUCGUUGCUCUAUAAACCCAUCAGCGUGUUCUUUUGCUGUUGUUUAUUUCCGCCCAGUGGUGCUUUGGGGGAGUGAGACACACAUUUCAAAUAAAACAACUGCCAGCAGACGAAAGACAGAAUGUGGCGGCUGGCUUUCCUGUGCGUGGUCUCAGCCCUUUCAGUUAGCUGGGCUCGUCCUCGACUUGCUGCUCUCUCCCCUGAGAUGGUCAACUUCAUCAAUAAAGCAAACACUACUUGGAAGGCUGGACACAACUUCCGUAAUGUGGACUACAGCUAUGUGAAGAGGCUGUGUGGGACUUUGCUGAAAGGACCCAGACUCCCUGUCAUGGUACAGUAUGCUGAUGACUUCAAGCUCCCCACUAACUUUGAUGCCAGAGAGCAGUGGCCCAAUUGUCCCACUCUUAAAGAGAUCAGAGACCAGGGUUCUUGCGGCUCAUGCUGGGCAUUUGGGGCUGCUGAAGCCAUAUCUGACAGAGUAUGCAUCCACAGCAGUGGCAAAGUGAGUGUGGAGAUCUCCGCUCAGGACCUGCUUACCUGCUGUGUCCGCUGUGGUAUGGGAUGUAAUGGGGGAUACCCUUCUGCUGCUUGGAAUUUCUGGAGCACAGAUGGUCUGGUCACCGGUGGCCUGUAUAACUCUCAUAUUGGUUGUCGUCCAUACACCAUUGAACCCUGUGAGCAUCAUGUGAAUGGCAGUCGCCCUCCUUGUACUGGAGAGGGUGGAGAUACUCCGAACUGUGACAUGUCCUGUGAGCCUGGCUACAGCCCCUCUUACAAGCAGGACAAACACUUUGGAAAGACGUCCUAUAGUGUCCCUUCUAAUCAGAAGGACAUUAUGAAAGAGCUCUACAAGAACGGCCCAGUAGAGGGAGCUUUCACAGUCUAUGAGGACUUCCUGUCAUAUAAAUCUGGUGUAUAUCAACAUGUGAAAGGAGAUGCACUAGGUGGUCAUGCCAUUAAAAUCCUGGGUUGGGGAGAGGAGAAUGGUGUCCCUUACUGGCUUGCUGCUAACUCCUGGAACACUGAUUGGGGCGAUAAUGGAUAUUUCAAGAUUCUCCGAGGUGAGGACCACUGUGGCAUUGAAUCUGAAAUUGUGGCUGGAAUCCCACACUAACCACCAAAAAGAAAUGCAAGGAGGGCUGAAAUGAGCACCCCGUUCAAAACGCAGACACGGAAUGUCUCCAACUUAAGCUGAAAGCCAUCCUUUAUGGCCAUGUUACAUGUUAUUAAUUAGUGGGUUUUAUAUGAAAUUACUUUAGACCGGGAUCCUCAAUCAGGUACGUUUUCGAACUGGCGUGACAUUUUUAUGCAUCUCAAUGUUAACUAGUUGAGGUCAUGUGGUGUCAGUUUUAGACCAGUUUACAAGAUUUCAGCACAACUUGAUGCCUCAGCCAAUGUGACUUUUUAAAUUUGCUUAUCUAGGUUGAAUGGUUUUUAUUUUGGUUUAAUUUUUUUUAAUGCACAGUCUAAAAUGUAAUAAAGAUUAAAACCAAA